GUGAAAACUUUCUUUGAAGUCAGCUGCCAUAUAUUAUACUGCCCAGGGACUGGGCAUUUAGAAGCCUCCCACUCCCACCGCUCACUCAAGACACUACUCACUCUCUACAUUCAAGUCUUCCUACUAUUUACACGCUACUCUCUGCUUUCAAGAAAAAAAAAGUUAUACCGUCGCUACUCUCUCUUUGGCAAAAAAACAAGAAGCAAGACUAAAGCCGGCCAGCCAUGUCUAGAGCUAAAGCUCAGACCAAACAAUCAUCAUAUAUUUCUAGAGAUAGCAGCAGGUCGUACUUCCUCGCUGUAUUUGUCUCCAUGUUACUCGUCUUUGUCAUAUGUUCCUUGACAGAAACUUUGCCCAGUUUCCAAAAUAUGAUUUCAACUACCGGUGCUGAUACCUGUAACGGCGAACCACCAGCCGUAAAUCGAACCCACGACCCUAAAGAAGCCACUUUUUACGACGAACCCGAGCUAACUUACACGCUAGGCAAAACCAUCGAAGACUGGGACAAGAAGAGAAAGUCCUGGCUGCACCUUCAUCCCUCGUUCGCCGCGGGUGCCGACACCCGUAUUCUCAUCGUGACGGGGUCUCAGCCUUCGCCAUGCAAGAAUCCCACCGGGGAUCAUCUACUCCUAAGGUGUUUCAAGAACAAGGCUGAUUAUUCCAGAAUCCACGGCUACGAUAUCUUUUACAACACGGCAUGUUUAGACCCCAAGCUGUGCAACGUUUGGGCUAAGGUAGCUUUAAUUCGGGCUGCCAUGGUGGCCCACCCGGAAGCAGAGUGGAUCUGGUGGAUGGACUCCGAUGCUGUCUUUACUGACAUGUACUUUAAAGUUCCGUUACAGAGGUACAAGCAGCAUAAUCUGGUUGUUCCCGGCUGGCCCGACAUGGUUUACGAGAAGAAGAGUUGGGUUUCUCUAAAUACCGGGAGUUUCUUCACGAGAAAUUGUCAGUGGUCUUUGGAUUUUUUGGAUGUCUGGGCUCGCAUGAGCCCGCGAAGCCCUGAUUACAAGUUCUGGAGUGAAACUUUAAUGUCUACGCUUUCGGAUAAGAUGUUCCCGGGAGCAGAUGAGCAGUCGUCUUUGGUUUAUUUGCUGUUGACAGAAAAGAAGAAAUGGGGGGAUAAGAUUUAUUUAGAGAAUCAGUACGACUUGAGCGCUUAUUGGGUAGGCGUAGUUGGAAAGCUUGAUAAAUUUACGAGGACGGAGGCUGACGCAGGGAAGAAUUUGCCCUUGCUAAGGAGGAGAAGGGCGGAGGUGGUGAGCGAGAGCGUUGGUGAGGUGUGGGAGAAGUACUUGGAAAAUAAUACCGCUGGCGAGGGUAAACGGCCGUUUAUUACGCAUUUCACGGGAUGCCAGCCCUGCAGCGGAAACCAUGAUCCCUCCUACGUUGGAAAUACCUGCUGGGAUGCAAUGGAGAGGACUCUGAAUUAUGCUGAUAAUCAGGUCCUUCGUAACUUGGGUUUUGUGCACAGGGAUAUAAGCCAUGGCUCUUACGUUUCACCCCUAGCCUUUGAUUUUCCAUCGGAAGUGCUGCAAAGAAAGAAAUCCGGUGAAGAAUAUAACAGGUGAAUAAAUCCGUCCGUUUUAGUGUUGUUUAUAGAUUAAAGCAGCCAGCAGGACUUGGGCUCUGAAAAUUCAGUAUCUCAAAAAAAAAAAAAAAAAAGUGACAGUGAAAUUGAGAGAGCAAAAAUGUUUUCACAAGCUAGUCGUGGUAAAUUCCUCCGUAAUUGAGUGAAUUUCAAGAUACUAAUCCACGAAAGAGAAUAUAUUGUUGAUGCUUUUUCCUGUUGGUCAACAAAAUCUAAUUGAUUGAGUGUGCUUUAUAAUACUACUAAAGUGUAUGGCUUUCAAUUA